AACUUUACUUAGAUCCAUUCGAAUUGUUUGACUUGACAUUGGUAUAUUGUCCUUUAUUUCUAAUUUACAUUCCAUUGGAUAUACCUGUAUACAUUGGGCGUCUCAGAUAACAAUUGAUCAUCGACUUUCAUUCAAGGCGGUAUACUAAAUUCGUACUGUAAUCAAGCUGGUAUUACUUUGUAUAUUCAAUUCAUCAAGGUGAAAUAUCGACUUUCAAUUACUCAUCAAAAGGUUACCUUGUUGGAAAAGUCAAUAUUAAUACUUCCUGAAUCUAUACCUAGACAUUCCUUUCAUUGCUUCCACCUGACAUCGUUGUCAUUAAAUCAUCAUGCUGAGCAGAAGUCUGAACAUGUUCAACUCGUCAAAUCCUUCGCCACCUUCGAUUUCUCUAACCCCAGCUACAACUCAAAAUCGAAGUAGAUCAGGAACCCUACCCACUUCAUAUUAUGCCAAUCAUUCAAAUAAUUUUCAACCAAAUUCUUCUCCAUUGAUUAGUUCCCUUGACCCAUUGGGUCUUCCAACUAUGGAUCAAAUAUCAUUGGGACUUUCUCCAAAUGUCAAUGCAGUUGAUAUUCCUACCAAUACCUCAACUCGUCGUAUGAGGUCAGGCUCUUUAUUCUCUACGAGCUCAAUUUGGAACGAUGAUGCAAUUCCCGCAUCUCCCGGUUUACUUGAUAAUUCCAGUAUCCAUUCUGCAUCUAGUGGCUCCUUUUUAAGUCCACGACUUACUGCUCAACCUCUGACUAAUCCUGUUACGUCAGCUAUCCCUAAUAUGUCAUCAAACUCUACAAAUGGUACUAAUGGAUCAACAACAACUUCUACUGCACCUCCAAAUAAUGCUCCUAGAAAUAGAUCUUAUACUACUACAGGAGCAGUAUCUAAUAUUCUUCCUAAUGGAAAUUAUACCAUGGAUCUGGUAGCAGCUGGUAGACUACUCCCAACCUCUGGUAUGACCCCUUCCGGUCCUCUGCAUGAUUUAACUUUGGACAGUUUAUUAAAUAAUUUGAAUGUGAAUGGCUCUGCUCCAAGACAUAGAUCUCAGACAUUUUCAGGAUCAACUCCAAAUAUGUCAGAAGCAACAUUGCAUUUGGGACCUAACCCCAAUCUCAAUGAUUCAACUCAAGCUGGGCAUUCUUUCCUUGGACAAAACAAUAUACUUGGACAGUCCAACAAUUCACUUCAAUCUCAUUUAAUGCAACAACAGCUGCAGCAUCAACAGCAACAUCAAUCUCAGAUACAGACUCAAAUGGGUCAGCAAACUCAGCCUCAACCUCAACACCCACUGUUACUUUUACUGUCUCAACAAAUGAAUGAUCAACUUCCAUACUUGCAAGAUGAUUUUGAUAUUUCUAAAGUUUCCAUAACUACCAACUUUGAAAAUCCAAACUUGGCACCAACAAGAUUUGUACUUUUCGAUAAUCUCCCUCAUUUCGUUGAUGCAUUGAAAAUGUGGUCUAUCUUAUCAAGUUCUAUUGGAAGUCAUAGAGUGAUCGUGAACAUUAGAAGCAUUCGUGUUGCCAGUCUUAAUACUUCCAAAAUUGCAUUGGUGGAAUGUGUGAGUGUUGACGUUGCUAUGAAUGUAAAGGCCAGUUUUAAUCAUAUGGAACUUAUUCCUGGGAUUGUUAUUUAUGUUGCAUUUGCUAAAUUUGAAUUAAAUGAGCCAGUUGUUUCAAAUAUGACUUCAACGGCUGCGUCGGGUGUUUUGAGUACGUCUCCACAUAAUGCAUCAACAUCUGGUGCCACUGGCGUUUCUAAUACUGCCAGUACUAAAAGUUCCUCUACUAAUGGUAGACAACAAUCUUCUGAAGUAUGUAAACCUUGUCCAACAGAUAUUGUUGCAAUUGAAGAAUCACUUUUAAAUUCAAUUCAACAAUUAUCUACAUCAAGUGAUAAAAAGGUUGAUUUACAAAAAAUUGUUUCUUUAAUUAAGAAAUCUAUUGCAUACUCAAAUGAUAAUUAUCAAGAUAAUUUCGGUCCUCUUCCAGAUCCAAUUCCAAUUCGUCAAUUUGACUCUCCUAAGUUAAGAGAUUUAAGAAAAGUUUUAGAACAUGAAGAGCUGUCAUCUUCAGCUGGACAUUCCUCAUCGUCUGAGGAUGAAGGGUCCCAUCAAAAGAUUAUGACACAAUUAGAAUUGGAAGAAUUAUGCUUAGCAAUGUUGGAUGAAUUGCCAGAACUUUGUUAUGAUUAUCUUGGGAAUACUAUUAUUCAAAAGAUCUUCUGCGUAGUUGAAUCUCCAUUAAUUAAGUUAAUGAUGGUAAAGGAAAUCACUCCAUACUUGACCCAACUUGGAAUUCAUAAGAAUGGUACUUGGGCCAUUCAAAAAAUCAUUAGCUUGUGUCAAAAUGAUUACCAACAAAAAUACUUGAUUGCUGCUAGUUUGAAGCCAUAUGCUGUUAAGUUAUUUAAUGAUCAAUUUGGUAACUAUGUACUUCAAGGGUGUCUUAAAUUUGGAACACCAUUUAAUGACUUCAUUUUUGAAACGGUAUUGGAUAAUUUUUUGGAAAUCAGUUUUGGUAGAUUUGGUGCUAGAUCAAUUAGAACAAUUCUUGAAACUGCCAAUGAAAAUAACAUCGUCUCCAAAGAACAAAUAUUAUUAGUUGCAGGUCUCAUUGUUCAAUAUGCAAAUGAAUUGGUAGUGAACAGUAAUGGUUCAUUAUUAAUUACAUGGUUUUUGGAUACCUAUAAUAGUAACAGUAGUUCCGAUGAUAGAUUCAAGUUAUUAUCAGCAAAGUUAUUACCAAACUUGGAACAAUUAUGUUGUCAUAAAUUGGCUAAUUUAACCAUUUUGAAAAUUUUGAAUAAUAGAAUGGAUUAUUUCCUGAAACAAUUAAUUAUGGAUGAAAUAUUUGGAAGAUUUAAUGAAUUUGAUGAGGAAUUAUCGCCUGUCCCAUCUGUUUUACUUGAAAGAAUCUUAUCUGAAAACCUGGAAAAUUCAGCUGGUCCAGUGUUCAUUUAUAAGAUACUUUCAAACCCAACUUUACUUACAAUUGGCGAAGAAAGAGAAACUAGUGGGGUUAGAAAUACCAAAUAUCUGAACUUUGUACUUCUGCAAAUUAGAAGAAUUUUAUUAGAAUUGAAUAUUAGUAAUGUUCAACCGUACAAGAAGUUGAUGGAUGAAGUUGGAUUGUCAAAUACAAGAUUGAAUCGUUCUGCUUCACUCAACGGUAAUCGGAGAUCUAAGAGAGGUGGUCGUAAUAACAAUCGGUCUAAUCACAAUGGAAAUCUGGGUGGGAACCAACAAUAUGGACACCAGCAGCAGCAACAAGUGCAACUGCAACAACAGCAGCCACAGCAACAUCAAUAUGUUGAUCAACAUCAUGUGCAACGCCAACAUCAACAAAGUCAGCCUCAACUGCACCAGCAAUACUCAGUUGCUCCACAGUUGUCAAACCAAUACCAGCAUCAAUAUCAAAUGUUGAUGGCUCAACAAUUGAGUGGUUCUGGACAAGUACCAACUCAAAUGCAAGGUCAAGAUUUCUAUCUGCAACAACAAGAUCAAGCAGUAAUGCAACAAUUGGAGCAACUUUCUUUGAGUUCGGCUGCAAUGGGCUAUAAUUCAAACCCAGAUACACCAAAUAUCAAAUCAAGUCAAAGAACUCUGUUUCUCUAAUUGACCAAAAACUAUAAAAAAAAAAAAGAAAAAAACAUAAAAAGCUUACGAAACCCCUUCCCAUACCCCAUUUUUAUGAUCAUAAAAAUUGACAUUACUACAUUUACAAUUAAGGUGUAUAUAGAAUAAGUGUAAUGACAACAGUAUUUAAUAUAA